AUGGCAGACGAGAAAGAAACCCUUGUUGGGAGCACUGUUCGUUCUGCUUCAUACAAUGUCAUUGUGCAGGUUACAUUUAGGAUACUCACCUUUGUAAUGAAUGGCAUCCUCUUACGCUACACCACGAAAGAUAUGAUCGGAGUUGUGAACGUGCGACUGAUGCUUCUCAAUCAAACUAUCGUCUUCGUUGCUCGCGAGGCAUUCCGAAAAGCGUGUCUCAGCAAGUCAGCGGAUAAAAGAUGGACUCAGGUCAUUAACCUUCUCUGGUGUGUGUUUCCUCUUGGUGUUGUAUUGUCCGUCAUUCUCAGUUAUGUGUGGUUGUACUAUCUAGAGAUUCCUGAUCCAGUUAAAAUUGCAAACUACCCGUUAGCAGUGUUGGUUUUUGCAGCCAGUGGGUCAAUCGAACUUUUGUCAGAGCAACUGUGGGUCGUUGCUCAAGCGUUUGUAUUUUUGCGCCUUAAAGUUGUCAUAGAAGGCAUCGCAAACUUUGCACGAUGUGUCAUCACUUUGGGACUGGUAGUUUUUGUACCAGAUCUUGGGAUCAUUGCAUUUUGUAUUGCACAAACGGCAUUUUCAGUUUUGGUAAUGGUUUUAUACUACGUAUAUUUCAUAUACUAUAUCAAAACCGCCCCCAGAUAUCAAAAUAAAGAAGAAAGCGACUUUCCUCUUAGAUCUUUGCGAGACUUUUUCCCAAGAACUCUAUCAAGGAAGAGUUUUUUUAGUGGGGCACUGGCACAUCUUACAUGGAGCUUUUUUAAGCAAUCCUUCUUGAAAAAGAUUUUGACUGAAGGUGAACGCUAUAUUAUGACACUUUUCAAGGUUUUGACAUUUUCUCAACAAGGAAUUUAUGAUGUGAUUAACAAUCUUGGUUCUCUGGUUGCUAGAUGUGUCUUUAUGCCAAUAGAAGAGAGUUAUUACACUUUCUUUGCAUAUACUUUGGAAAGAGGUAGCUCUGCUGAGAAACAAACACCUCAGUCAGCAAAAAUGGCUUCGGAUACAUUGGAAGUUGUUCUGAAGUUUGUUGUUCUAGUUGGAUUGACAUUUUUGGUAUUUGGCUACAGCUACUCAUUCCUUCUGCUUGACAUCUAUGGAGGGAAAACUCUGAGCAGUGGAGAAGGUCCCUCUCUGCUGCGAUGGUAUUGUGUUUACGUAUUGAUUAUUGCUGUCAAUGGCAUGACAGAGUGCUUCAUGUUUGCAACCAUGAGCAAAGAUGAUGUUGACUCCUACAAUUACAAAAUGAUGGCAUUCUCAGCAGUGUUCUUAGCAGCAUCUUGGUAUCUCACUAUUUUUGGGAGUGUUGGAUUUGUCAUAGCUAACUGCCUUAACAUGCUCCUGCGUAUUUAUCACAGUCUUAUAUUUAUCUACAACUAUUACAAGUCAGCCCCUCAUCUCAAACCUUUACAAGGACUUUUCCCAUCACCUCUAGUUUUGAUUGCAUUUGCCUUGUCCUGGGGCAUAACUGCAACUUCAGAAACAAAGCUAUGUUGUGAACAUGGAUGGUAUUACCGCAUUCUUCACAUUGGAAUUGGUGGUGUUUGUUUGUUGACUGUGGCAGUGUUGGUUUUCUUAAAGGAAAAAACUUUGGUGAAUUUUAUGUUGGAACACUGGCUUGGGAGAAUAAAGAAGAAAGAGGAGUAGAAGAAAUAAAUUUUUUGGUUGGCUUGAGCAAAGAGAUUCAAUGACCGAAAUAAGAUAAAUUAGAGUGCAACUGAAAUUGCAAAUCCUCUACCUUUCUCUCAUUCAUUUGCAGUAGAUCCUGGAAUAAUUGUAUCUUGUUCUUGUGUGCCAUUCCUUUAACAUGUCUACAAAAUAAGAUCCAACAGGAAGGGAAAAUAGACCACCCUAUAUCCCAAUCUGUUUCUUUCCCUAGCAAUGUAGCAAAAUUCAACUGGGAAACUUUUUCAUGUGCAAAGUGAAGCUUAUUUACACAUCCAUUAUAUCAAAACAAAUGUUCUUCUGAACGGUGUCAUUUUUAAUCUGGUGAUGUAUGUAGCAGUAUGGUACCAUUCCAGCUGGGCUAAAUAAAAAUUAUUCAUAAUAAGGUAAAAGAAUUAAACGUCAAGUGUGACCAAACUUUAUGAUGCAUUUAAAGGUAAGAGCUACACUCAUCUCUGCUUUAGUCUGGUAACCUACGUGCUAAUUUUUCGGAAGUUUACUGUAUAACCAUAUUGAAAACGGUGUAUUUCAAAUGGCUUAAAUAAAAAUAUUUUAUGAAA